AUGGAGGAUAUCACGAGUCACGACCAGAACCAGGACGUCAAAAGCGGCCCCGUCACCUCGUCGCAGAUCCCGGCCCUACAGAAGAAGUUGGAAUCUUUGCUACCGUACUCGAUCCCUCUGGUGGAGAGGAUCAAGUUCCAUCUUGCACAUCCCGUCUCCGAAACAUCCAGGAUAUUCGUCGCCGUCUACAACCCGGCGGCCAAAGACACAGCUGCACCAUCACCAGGAGGCCCCAGACCCAGCACACACCGUCAUACCGUUGGUGUGAGCGACACGUGGCUACAAGAUACCACGACCUCGGCCGCUGCACCACCACCAUGGUUAGCCGCGCACAUAGAUCUAGUACACUACGGCCAAACCCAAGUCUGGGUGUUUGCGAGCUGGGAACAUCCAUCACAGCAGCGGCAGCAGCAGCACACUUACACGCCCGCGCCCACACAGGCGCAAACGGACGCGCACACGCAUGUUGAGAGGGAGAACACCACCACCACCACCGGCGGUGGCGGCGAAUAUGACCCUAUCCAUGAAGCCCUGGUGACCUCGCUCUUCAAAUACAUAUACACGAGCUUGAUCCCGACCAUGCCCACGACGCCAUCGGGCGAAUGGCUCACGCUCCUGCGGACGGGGAAGACGCUGACGACGCCAUACUCGCGCACCAAGAUCCUCUUCGGCACCGUCAGCGAUAAACUAUGGCGGUAUCUCCCCGACCACGUCCGAGCGAGGAUGGACCCAGGGUACCUCAAGUACGUCUUUACGCCCGAUAAUCCUAUUACGGCCACUGAGUCUGCUGCUACUGCUGCCACACCGUUCCGUCUCCCUCAAGGCUAUACCUUCACCACCCUCCUCCCGACGCAUCUGCAGACGGUGCUGGACAGGUCGUCCAUCCCUCGCACGCUGUCCACACUGUCACAGUACGUCAACGUAGGCGUCCUGCACAUGUCCAGCGGCCCCGACCCUGUCGCGUGGGGCUUCUUGGGCAAAGACGCGAGCGUAUCCAGUCUGCACACCGAACCCGACCACCGUGGUUUGGGUCUAGCUGCGUGUGUGACUCGAGAGUUGAUUCGGCGUCAACACCAAAGACAGGCAUCGGAUCUCAACCACGAGGACGAGGAAGACACAACAGGCCGAAGAUGGGCCCAUGCCGACGUUUCACAAUCUAACUUGUCGAGUCGACGAGUCAUGGAGAAGCUUGGUGCUAAGCCCAUGUGGAGGGUGAUGUGGACGGAAUUGGAUCUGGAGAAGUUCUUUUAUCCGUCCCCGUCCUGA